CCUGUGUUUCCCGUCUCCCGUUAAGCGCUACAGUGCUCUGUCUCUCACCUCACAACCUCAACCUCACCAGCCUCCCAACUUUCAACCCACAACCGGCCAUAAUGCCAGUCCAGCUAUUACCGGCCUCGGCCGCCGCCUUUGCCCCAAGAGCAUCCUCCGUCAACGUCGUGCUGGGUUCCAAGGUCGAGCCAUGGUUGACCAAGACACUAAAGCGCAUCAACAAAGUCAAGAGGCCUCUCAACAGCGUACCCCAGCACACAAAGUGCCUGACUGAGACCCUAUCCUCACCGAACGCCAUCUGGAUCCUGGCCUCGCUCAUGCUUCCCAAGGCUCCUGAAGACAAGCUCAAGCAGGAUUCCAACCCGUUGGUUGAGGCCAUCUCUAACUACCAGCUCAUCCACCUGGAGGCUUACGUUGUCCACGUCGAUAUGGUACUGAGGAACGAGGUCGCUUUCAAGCUCACUCCCGACACGAUCGAGUCGCUCAUCGAGUACCACAAGGAUGUCCACUGCCCCAACACCAAGGCCAGCACGUACGACUGGUCCGAGAAGGAUCAGCAAUGCAAGAAGCUUCACGAGGACUUUGUUCAGGCCGUCAAUAAGUUUGUCUUCACCACGCACGUGACGGCUUUGGAGGGUCUCGAAGAGGAGGGAGCUGGAGAGUUGCUGGAUGGUAGGAGCGAGGAUGUCAAGAACGCCGUCAUGAACCUUUACAAGCCGUUGCUGCCGCCCCCGCCCAGGAUCGUCGAUGUCGUCCGUCAGCCUCCUUUGUUGCCCAGCUCUCCCGCUGUGUGGUCGCAACCAACAACGCCCUCGUCGCUGCCUGCUCCUGUCGAGUCGUGGAGAGUCCUACCGUCGAGCCCCAGUGUGGCAUCAUCUGGAUCCGCCAGCCCGCCCAUGUGGGCUAGCAUGGGUGUCAGUGAGGUGCAAAUGCCCUCGCCUACACCUGCCUAUAGCACGCCGUCCUACAGCGCGCCGGCCUACAGCACGCCUUUCUCCUCGGCCGGCUACUACUACGGCUCUACGCUCGUCUCUGCUCCCCUUCCGCUGCCCAGCAUGCUUGCUCCUCAUUGCGGAGUUAGCAUGGGUUUCAACAACUUCGGUUGGGAUCGCUAUCAGGAGUACACCACGACAAUGUGACAACCAACCCCUGCCACAACAGACGCCGGUUAUCCAGCCGCGACGACUUCCGCAUGAUCGCCGGUGUUCUGGACCUUUUGGAUAUCCACAAAGCCAGGACGCGGUGUUCAUGCCCAUAGCGGCUGGGUGAUCUUAUCACACCAGCAAGAGGUACUUCGGCGUUUGGCACAUGGACCCGGAGCG